GGAGGUCCGGGCGAUUGAUUGCUUGCCUAGGCGAGGGGGCUGAGGGAGGAUCAGAUAACAGAGGUCAUCGAAUUCCAGAGGUCAUAGUUUAAAGGCUGGAAGGGGUAGAAGGGGCGAGCAUGCAGACUCCACCCAUUGCAGAGAUUAUAAAUAGGUAGGCUGGGCUUCUGGCUGUGAACAUCGCUGUGAUACUGGUCCUCAAGCUCUCCGAGCGCCGCGGAGGACACUGGCUGGGAAGGGUGUCGAGAUCGUCCUUAAGGCUUGAGGAGUAGAUUAGGACCGUGGGGACCAUGAAGGUGACCCCAUCUCUGGUGUUCGCCAUUACUGUGGCCACAAUCGGUUCUUUCCAGUUUGGCUACAACACUGGAGUCAUCAAUGCCCCUGAGACGCUCAUAAAAGACUUUCUCAACUACACUUUGGAAGAGAAGUCAGAAGACCCGCCAAGUAAGGAGCUGCUGACCACACUCUGGUCCUUGUGUGUGGCCAUCUUCUCCGUUGGUGGCAUGAUUGGCUCUUUUUCUGUUGGACUCUUUGUCAACCGCUUUGGCAGGCGCAACUCGAUGCUUCUGGUCAACCUAUUGGCCAUCUGUGGUGGCUGUCUUAUGGGCUUCGCCAAAAUAGGCGAAUCUGUUGAAAUGCUGAUCCUGGGUCGCUUAAUUAUCGGCAUCUUCUGUGGACUGUGCACAGGGUUUGUGCCCAUGUACAUUGGAGAGGUGUCUCCCACUGCCCUGCGGGGUGCCUUUGGCACACUAAACCAGCUGGGCAUUGUCAUCGGGAUCCUGGUGGCUCAGGUCUUUGGUUUGGACUUCAUCCUGGGCUCUGAAGAGCUGUGGCCUGGGCUGUUGGGCUUGACAAUCAUUCCGGCUAUCCUACAAAGCGCAGCCCUUCUGUUUUGCCCCGAAAGCCCGAGAUUCUUGCUCAUUAACCGAAAGGAGGAAGACCGUGCAAAGGAGAUCCUCCAGCGGUUGUGGGGCACCCAGGAUGUGGCCCAGGAGAUCCAGGAGAUGAAAGACGAGAGUGCCAGGAUGGCCCAGGAGAAGCAGGUCACCGUGCUGGAGCUCUUUAGGUCGUCCAACUACCACCAGCCCCUCCUCAUCUCCGUCAUCCUCCAGCUGUCUCAGCAGCUCUCUGGGAUCAAUGCCGUGUUCUAUUACUCAACGGGAAUCUUCAAGGAUGCAGGUGUCCAGGAGCCAAUCUAUGCUACGAUUGGAGCGGGUGUGGUUAAUACCAUCUUCACUGUAGUUUCUCUGUUCCUGGUGGAGAAGGCCGGGAGGCGAACCCUGCACAUGAUAGGCCUGGGAGGCAUGGCUGUUUGUUCCAUCUUCAUGACGAUCUCUUUGGUACUGAAGGAUAAGUAUGAAGCCAUGAGCUUUGUCUGUAUUGUGGCUAUCUUGGUCUAUGUGGCCUUCUUUGAGAUUGGACCGGGCCCCAUUCCCUGGUUUAUUGUGGCUGAGCUCUUUAGCCAGGGCCCGCGCCCAGCUGCCAUGGCAGUGGCUGGCUGUUCUAACUGGACCUCCAACUUCUUGGUUGGGAUGCUCUUCCCGUCGGCUGCAAACUACUUGGGAUCCUAUGUUUUUAUCAUCUUUGCUGCUUUCCUCGUUAUCUUCUUAAUCUUCACCUUCUUCAAAGUCCCUGAGACCAAAGGCAGGACUUUCGAAGACAUUGCCCGGGCCUUCGAGGGGCAGGCUGGGAAAACCUCUGGUGUGGAGAUGAAUAGCAUGCAGCCUGUCAAGGAGACCCCUGGCAAUGCCUGAGGUGGACCUCCUUCACCUCCCUCCAACGUGGACAGCAACCUCCCCAAAGCGGGGAGACCUCAUCAGGAUGAACCAGGACCGCUUGUGGACGCUGCUAUUGAUCCUCUGUCACCCCACACACUCCAUGAACACUCCUGCUGCACCCAACGCUGGGGCUGGCUGGGUCACCAAUGGCUUGUUAACUGUUUCAUUUCUUGGAUAUUUCUCUAGUGAACCUACCUUCAUGUCAGGAGGGAGUGGCUGCAGUUCCUCUUAGUUCUAGGAUCUCCUUUGCCUAGGGAGUAGGAGUGGGGUGCAGCCCCCAUUCCCCAACCUCAGCUUGCCAGGAAACAAACAGACCUUCACACCCAGUGUUGGGGGGCACUGGGGAUUAAAUGGGAGCCCUCAAUUUGAUACAACUCUGCACAGCUAAAGUAACUCGAGUUUUAUUUAUUUUAUCUUCAGGUUUUAGUGCAUAAAUAUUUAUUUUUUUAAGUGUAACUUUACCAAAUAAUGAAAGAGUAAGGAAAUUAGGUCGGAGGGAGGUGUUUAAAGAGAGGUUUUGAGGAAAGAAGGGUUGGUGCUGGAGGGUGAUGGUGCAACAUGAAUGGAGAGUAGACAUUGUGGUGGACAUGUGAGCUGCCUCUGUUCUACACAAAGACUCUUCUGGCUUCUUUCUCAGAAGAGCGAGUGCCUGUAGGGAAAGGCUCACAGCUUUCUGUGGGCCUUUUAAGAUUAUAGUUUAUGUAGUGUUACUUGAAAUCUAUGCUUGUUACAAAGAUGGGCUUUGUAGUUAGUGGUGUUGGUGGCCUUUUAUUUUACAUGGAGUCCAGAGAAGGGAGAAGGGCUUGUACAACACCUCCCCUUCCCCCUGCCUGUCCCGAUGAACUCUGUUUUCUUUUCCUUCAGUCAGCCCCACUACCUAACUGGUGAGCGAGCCAUACAAACGAGAAACUUCAAUGCAGUAGCUCUCGAUAAGCAUUUCUUAUUUCAAUUUUGUUUCUUAGGAGAUUUUAUGUGUUCAUUUAGUUUUAUUUUGAUUUAAAGGGAUUCAUAGCUAACUUGGACUUUGUUACCUCAGCUCUGGGAGAGGGUUUUUUUCCUAAAUGAUUCUUAAUUACCUUGUUUGGGUACCUUGUUGCUCUGCGGUCAUGGCAUGCUCGUCUAUGUCUGUGACACUCUCAGGCUACCGUGUUACCAUGUUCCUGUGAUAGUGUGCUAAGUGCCCGAGGGGCCUUGACUCUGGAGACACCUUAGGGACAGUGUGGCCCACGCCUGGGGCUGUGAAUGUAUGUGCACUGGCACUUUGCUCUGGCUGUUAAGAGCUUGUUUCCUCUGUUUCUAUGGAAACUCAUCCCUGUGUACAUGAGCAGCAGUGCCUCUACUGGGUGGGGUUUGCACUGGGGUUAGAUCCCACUCAUCUGGCUCCCCAUCCUUGAGGUUGGGGAUGGAAGGCUCCGCCUCACUCCAGUUUGAGGGAUGCUGGGAAUAGGAAAGAGCCCUGUGAGGUCAGGGCUCCUGAUCCAGCUGUGGGAGAGGGAGGAUUUCUUUGAAGGGACUAGUAUGUUGGGAGGAAUGCCAGGAUUCCCAGCAGUCAUAGGUCACGGAUCCCUCCACAACCCAUCCCCUCAUUCUCCACUGGUUCAUAAACGGAGAUGGCCCUUCCUCCUUUCCCAUCACUGGAUCCCUCGGUCCCUCUUGGUGCUUACACAUUCCAGGCCCUUUAGGCAAAGCCUUGCAUAUGUAACAGUAUUUCAAUACCCAGUUCAGUAGCCCUGUUCGUUACUCCCUGUGGUCAUUGAGACACGGGAUAAAAAACUCACAAAGCUAUGAAGAGGGCCUUUGCUGGAAAGGUGUCUCUAACUUACCUCUUCUGCUCCUCAGUGAGUUGGCAGUAAUGCUGAGUGGAAUCUUCCCAUUGUCAAUGGCCAGGUUGUGAAUAUUUCCAUAUAUACUUUCUAUUAAUGUUACUGUAGUUUCUGUUUUGAAAUAAAGAUUCUGAAUGUA